ACUGCUUUAGCCCUCAACAGCACACUAGCUGAUUGUCUCACUAGCCCUAGUUCAUUAUCAAUGGAAUUUUCCAAAACGCUAACAGCAGUGAUCACCGCGCUGCUGCUGGCACCUCUCCUCAUGGCCGCCGAUCCGGAUCCUCUCCAGGACUUCUGCGUCGCCGACCUCGGCAGCAAGACCUCGGUGAAUGGCUACCCAUGCCAGCCGUCCUCAUCAGCAGGCGACGAGUUCCUGUUCUCGUCCAAGGUGGCCAAGGGCGGCGACCCGUCGUCCAACCCGAACGGCUCCAACGUAACGGAGCUCGACGUGACCGAGUGGCCCGGCGUUAACACGCUCGGCGUGUCCAUGAACCGCGUCGACUUCGCGCCAGGCGGCACCAACCCGCCGCACAUCCACCCGCGCGCCACCGAGGUGGGGCUCGUGACCCGCGGCGAGCUCCUCGUGGGCAUCAUCGGCAGCCUCGACUCCGGGAACCGGUACUACUCCAGGGUGCUCCGCGCGGGGGAGACGUUCGUCAUCCCGCGGGGCCUCAUGCACUUCCAGUUCAACGUCGGCCAGGCCGAGGCCACCAUGGUCGUGUCGUUCAACAGCCAGAACCCUGGCAUCAUCUUCGUGCCGCUCACCAUGUUCGGGUCAUCGCCGCCGAUCCCAACAACGGUGCUCGCCAAGGCGCUCCGUGUGGACGCCGAGGUCGUUGAUCUCAUCAAGUCCAAGUUCGCAGGAGGGUAUUAAGACUUAGCCAGCUAUAACGUGUCGAACGAUCAGCAAUAAUUAGAUAUAUGCCCUCUAAAUAAUGUCGAUUUCAGAACACGUAUAAUUAAGCUAUAUAUGGUGAAGAGAAGUCAUAGUAAGAUGGAAAAAGUGAAGCUUGCCUCGAGGUUUAGUACCUAGUCGGGGAAUAUAAAUGUACUUGGUCAUUUUUUCUGAGUAUAAUAAAAGCAAUUUAUGUGGUUUUUGUA